AUGUGGUGUGAUGAGGUGAAGCCAUGUCAAGUGGCUACAGGUUACAUCCGCCUUUGGGGUGAAGAAGGUAAUUGUCAAGAACAAAAUUUGCUCUCUGCAUUAGAAAGUGGAAAUGAAAGCAAUCCAAUAAUUGAUUUGGUCAACUCCGAUGCCUACUAUUGUCUAUUAAUCCUGGGGAUAAACCUGUAAUCCGCCGCUAUGACGUCGGAAAGCGUAAGUGCUGCGGCGAGUCCCUUGCAACGAACAGUCGAGGAAGCUCUGAACCUCAAGGUCGAAGAGCAGGAGGCCCUGCGCCAGCGAGAGCUGGAGGUGGAGCGCAGGAUCGAGGAGGCCGUGCGCUCGAGGGUGGCAGAGGCCCUGCGCCUCCAGGAGCAGGAGGCCGUGCGCCGCAAGGUGGAAGAGGCCCUGCGCCAGCAAGAGCCGAAGACGGAGCGCAGGAUCGAGGAGGCCGUGCGCGCGAAGGUGCGAGAGGCGCGGCGCGAGCUGGAACGGCACUUCGACGACCGGGUGCGCGACGGCGUGCGCGUCAAGUACGAAGAGGUGAUUCGCGCGGAGACGCUGGAGGUGGAGUGCCGGGUGCAGGAGGCGGUGCGCGUCAAUUUGCGAGAAACGCUGCUCGCCAAGGAGGAGAUGUUCGAGCGGAGAGCGCAGGAGGCCGCGCGCGUGCAAAUCGAAGCGGCGCGCCGCCUGCAGGAGGAGGAGGCCGACCUCAAGGUGCGCGAGGCGCUGCGCGUGCAGGAGCGGCAGAUCGAGAUGCGGAUCGGCAGGGCCGUGUCUGCGCAGAGAAGGAAGACGAAGAAGGAGUUGGAAGUGUUGCAUCUGGAGGUGCGACACCGGGGCACGCUCAUUCACGAGCUGCGAACCACCCUGGACGCGCGAAUGCGGCACGUGCAGCAGAGGCUGGCGAUGGUGGAGGGCAGGCUGAGGCGCGCGGUAAGAGAGCAAACCGAGAGGGCUGGGGGGCAGCGGGAGCGGGCGGCGGAGGCAGCCUCGUCGAGUGACGACAGCGACGGGAGCGUGGGGGAUUGGUCGCUGAUUGACUACGAGGCAGCUGGCAGCGACCUGGACGAGGCAGCGCCGGACGUGGAUGAGGGGGUGGGAAAGGCCUCGGAGAAGAGUGGGAGUGAGGAGGCCAAAGAGCGCACGUCUGGGGCGUCCCCGCCCGUAUCGACCUCCGCCGCCCCGCAGCCGCCCACGGCGACCGACGCCGUGGUCGACCCGGAAGCGGCCGCGCAGGCCACCCAGCGGAGGCUGCAGGUGGAGCAGCUCGUGGCGGAGGUCUGCCUCAAAGCGAAGCGAGCCUCCGAGUCGGAAGAAAAGCUGUGCGUGGCGGCGUUCUACGGGAAAGUGGAAAAAGUCCGCCGGCUGUUGGACUCCGGGGUGGACGUGAACUGCGUCAGCCGGUUCGGGCGCUCUCCCCUGAUAUCGACCUUUUACUUCAACGGCUGGGCGACCGGCGACCGAGACCGCUAUCUGAUGGUGAGCCUGCUCCUGGAGCGGGGCGCCGACGUGGACGCGGUGGAGGUGCAGGGGUCGACGGCGUUGCACCUGGCGGCGCUCUACGAGACCGUGUACGGCACGGUGCCGCUGCUGCUGGCCGCCGGCGCGGCGGUGGACGCCAGGGACGCGCACGGGGCCACCCCGCUGCACAGGGCGGCCUUCAAGGGGAACGCGGCGUCGCUGCAGGUGCUGCUGGCGGCCGGCGCCGACCGCGCGUUGCGCUGCUGGGGCGGGCGCUGGGCGGGCAAGGCGCCGGUCGACAUCGCCAGGACCGACGUCGCGCGGGAGCUCCUACGCCAGCCGGACGGCGCCUCCGGCCCGUGAAGAGCGCGCGCCUUCAGCAGUUGGUGUAAGAGCCCUCGUCAGUGAUGGUCGCGACCGUUUCGGCAAUGUUAUGUCCAUUUGCGAGAUUCAAUUGGUCCACGCGUGGAACUGUUUUGUCAAGGUUACUUGUAAGUCCAUUGCAAACAUUUUUCUAGAUUAUCAGUCACUUGGUCCACGCUUGGAAACGUUCAUUAGCGUAAGAGCCCUCUUCAGUGAUAGUCGCGACUGUUUCGGCAAUGUUACGUCCAUUUACAAGUAUUUUGCGAGAUGCUAGGAACUGUUUUGUCAAGGUUACUUGUAAGUCCAUUGCAAACAUUUUUCUAGAUUAUCAGUCACUUGGUCCACGCUUGGAAACGUUCAUUAGUGUAAGAGCCCUCGUCAGUGAUGGUCGCGACUGUUUCGGCAAUGUUAUGUCCAUUUGCGAGAUUCAAUUGGCCCACGCGUGGAACUGUUUUGUCAAGGUUAUUUGUAAGUCCAUUGCAAACAUUUUUCUAGAUUAUCAGUCACUUGGUACACGCUCGGAAACGUUCAUUAGAGUAAGUUUCCACCUCAACGACGGUCACAACUGUUUCGACAAUGAUGUUUAUAUCCAUUGCAAACAUUUUGCGAGAUUCAAUUGGUCCACUCUUGAAAACGUUCAUUAGCGUAAGCGCCUUUGUGAAUGAAGGUUACAACUAUCUCGCAAUGUUAUUUAUACGUUCAUCACAAAUAUUUUGCGAAGCGAUGUCUCAAUUGGUCCACGGCGAAACGUCCGUUUCGAAAUGUCCACGCUUGGAAACUUUCAUUACUAUAAAUGUUCACUUCACUUAAGGUCCAUAAUGUUUUGUCAUGGUUCUGUAUAAAUCCAUACCAAACAUUUUUCGAGAUUCACUCAAUUGAUCCACGCUUGGAAACGUUCAUUGGUGUAAACGUCCUAUUGAAAGAAGGUUACAACUGUUUUGGCAAUGAUAUUUGUCAUGUAGGCAAACUUCGAGUGAUUAUCAGUCGGUCCACGCUUGCCAAGGUGGAACUGUUGGCUUGUCAAGUUCAUUAGUGUCCGUCCUCUUCAGUUGAAGGCAAAACUGAAAAGUUGAGAGCAUCAGUGGUCCAACCCUCCUUCAUUAGAAUCUGAGAUAUUGAACUUCAAAGUUGACACGUCUUUUAAUCAGUGGUUUUUCUGAACAUUAGAAUUCUUUACCAUACAAGAAACACUCUCAUAGAUUAAAUGAAAUAGGUGAUUGAAUUAUGUUGCUUAAUACAUCAUAAAAUGGGUUAGACCAGUGGUGCACCGAACUCAAACGUUCAUUGCGAAAAAUUUUUAAUUUUUGAAGAAAAUAAAUAUCAUCCUUGAAAUCUACAGAAAUGUACAUUUAUUUACUACUUUGAUUUUAUAGAAAGUUAAAAAAAUGUGUAAGAAAUUAUUGAAAA